GAAAUCGAACGGAUGGUCCAAAUCAUCCACAAGAAGUUCUCCUCGAUUCAGAUGCAACUCAAACAGUCGACUUGUGAGGCAGUUAUGAUUCUCAGAUCGCGGUUUUUGGAUGCCCGAAGGAAACGUCGCAAUUUCAGCAAGCAAGCUUCGGAAAUUUUAAACGAAUAUUUUUACUCGCAUUUAUCGAAUCCGUAUCCCAGCGAAGAAGCGAAGGAGGAGUUGGCCCGAAAAUGCGGGAUUACAGUGAGCCAAGUCUCCAAUUGGUUCGGUAAUAAGCGAAUCAGAUACAAGAAAAAUAUAGGGAAGGCACAAGAAGAGGCCAAUCUGUACGCGGCGAAGAAAGCGGCCGGGGCUUCGCCUUACAGUGGCACCCCCACCCCCAUGAUGUCUCCAGCGCCUCCACAAGACUCCAUGGGGUACUCCAUGGGCUCCGCCUACGACCAGAGCUCGGCAUAUGACGCCAGUAGCUGUGGGUACGACCCAAUGCACGCACAGGAAUUAUCGCCCUAAUCAAACCUUAAUUAAUUAAGAAAUACAGUUGUAUACUAACCCAUGUAUACUGAAUUUUGUAUCGUGUACAGUGUGUUUCUGGGUUGAAAUUGCUUCAAGUCUUAUUUUUAUUAUAGUUAGGAGUACUUGCAAUAUAUUUCUAGAUUAUUUUUAGUAGGCGAAUUAAGGCGAGUUUUUCUUCAGUAUUUUUUGUAUAUUUAUCUAUUUUUAUUGAUAAGGAGCAGCUGGGUGAGGAAAACUUUGCUUUAACGCCGAGUUCUUUCGAAAUUUACAGUGCUUAAGUAUUUAAAUAAAUAAAUAACUGUAGUA